UAGAGGGCUUUUCGACAUUAGCAGGGAUUCUCUUGAACCGAGAGCUAGGAAGAGUGGAAUAUUUUUGCAAGUUACAACUCAACUGUGAUAGCAAGUGACAAGGAUUGAGUUAGGAACAAAGUGGACAUGGCGGAUAUCGGAUAUAGGUUCAAUUGUGAUCUCAAAAACUGGGUAUAGAUGCAAAAGCCCGAAGAUGUUACAAAAGAAUCUAAAAGAAAGAGGUUGAUUUUGAUGGGGUCGUGGAAUUCAGUUUCGUUGGAAGUGUUGUACAAUGUUUUUGGAUGGAUUGCGUUUGUCUUAUGGUCUAUUAGCUUUUAUCCUCAAGUCGUACUGAAUUUCCGUAGGAAAAGUGUGGUGGGGUUGAAUUUUGAUUUUGUGGUGUUGAAUUUGACAAAGCACUCGUCCUAUCUCAUCUACAAUGUUUUCAUGUUCUUCAGUUCUGCCGUUCAGAGGCAAUAUCAUCGUCGAUAUGGCUCUAACGAGAUGAUACCUGUAGCUGCCAAUGAUGUGGCUUUCUCUACUCAUGCUGUUGCUUUAACAGCAUUUACCUUAUUUCAGAUUGCUAUUUAUGAUCGUGGAAAUCAGAAGGUCUCAAAAACUGCUAUUGCAAUUGUCACUGUUGCUUGGUUGAGUGUUGCAGUUUGUGUUUUUGUGGCUUUCCCUAAACACUCUUGGUUAUUUCUAGUUUCCUGCUUCAACACAUUGCAGGUUGUUAUGACAGUAAUUAAGUACAUUCCCCAGGCUGUUAUGAAUUUCCGGCGAAAGAGCACAAUUGGAUUUAGUAUUGGCAACAUUUUGCUGGAUUUGUUUGGAGGAUUAACAAAUUAUGGGCAGAUGGCAGUGCAAUCCAUAGAUCAACAUUCUUGGGUGAACUUUUAUGGAAACAUCGGCAAGACAUUAUUGUCAUUGGUGUCGAUAUUCUUUGACAUUCUCUUCAUUGUGCAACAUUAUGUGCUCUAUCCUUCUAGGAAAGAAGUUGCUUCUCUUGAUUUUGAUGUGACACCAAGGGACAUUGAGGGAUGCUGAUGGCUAUAGCUAGUGAUAUUCCGAACAUAUUCAUUUGCUCUUUCUCUAAGUAUACUGAGCUCUAGAGUUGGGAGCACAAAUUCCCCGAGGCAGAACAAAGAUCUCACGCAUGAUUAAGUGGAUUCUAUGUUUAGACGUUUCUCCAAUACAAAUUCAUUAUGCAUUCUAUGUAAAAUGCAUAAUGUAUAUAAGUCCAAUACUGUCAUGGACUUCAUUGAAUCGAAACGUAGUUAAAAGAAGAUGUAGUCUAUCGUAUUUGUAAAUUCAGCACUUGCUUGGUGCAGUUUUUUUAAUUAAUAAUAAAACUAACAUUUACUCA